AUGUUCAAACAAGUGACAAAGGCAUCAAAGGCAUGGAAGCAGCUGACACUAAAGGAGCAGAAGAAAUAUAAUGAUAAGGUUAAGCAAUCAAGAAAGGAAGGGAUGAAGAAGAAGAGGAAGAAAAAAGUUGCUUUUAGCACUGUUGCUCAGUUCGACAAUUUCAGAGUUGCAGAACUUGCAUGGACGACUGAUGGCUUUGAUCGAAUUAAGCAAACAAAAGGCUUAUCAGACCCUAAUGAUCAUGAUGGACAUGAGUCUGAUCAGCAAGAUGAUGAUGGAGAUGGGUCAGAUCAGGAAGAUGAUGAUAGACAUGACUCAAAUGAGGGUGAUGAUAAGGGAGAUGAUGAUGGAGAUGACUCAGAUAAGGGUAAAGAGAUAGGUGUUGAAGUAGAAGGAGUAGAAAAAGGAAAUAUGGAUUCUCCCCUGCCCCUUUCCCCUAUGGACAGGGGAUUUCAACUCAGGAGAUCACGAAGAAAGAUGAAAUCGGCUAUAAAUUCUCUAUGGCUUUUGACAAAGCCAAUUAAGAGGAGAAAGAGGACCGUGGAUGACAAGGACCGGUUUUUUGACAUAAUUUCCCGUAUGUGUUCAAGUAAGGAGGGUAACAAGUAA